CAUUCUGUUUCGAAGCACGGUAGUAGCUAAUACAGUAUGUUGAUUCAGAAGAAAGUUUCGUUUUUGACGGUCUUGUUAGGUGUAGUGGUGUUUUCGUUUUGUGCUGUUUCAGGGAAAAGAAUAUCCGAACUGAAAUGCGACGCAUACAAAGAAAUAAUAUCAUCGACGAGUGGCAUCAUGACCCUUAAUAUGAAUCCGAUGGCUUUGUACUACAAAGUGCAAAACUGCUCCAACGUAGUUGAUCUGAUAGUGGGAGGAGAAAGAGCCGUGUAUGGUGAAUAUCCUCACCAUGCCAUCCUCGGCUUUCCCCAAGACGAUGGAAGUUACAGUUUCAUGUGUGGUGGCUCUCUGAUAUCAAAUCGAUUUAUUCUGACGGCCGCACAUUGUUUCAGCUUUGUCAAUGCGACGUUGGUUAGGUUGGGUGUUUACGACCUAGCGGAAAACUCUGUCAAUCAGGUCGACUUCGGUAUCGCAGAGAUCAUCCGCCACCCGAACUAUUCGAACAGUUUGGCCUACCACGACAUCGCACUCCUUCGGCUAAAUGAAACUGUACUCUUCUCGAAAUUCAUUCGCCCGGCCUGUCUUUGGACGGAGCCUGUCCUUAAUACGAGCAGUUUCAUCGCAACGGGUUUUGGAAAGUUGGGAGAAGGUACCGUUGAAUUGUCGUCUUAUAUGAUGAAGGUGAAGUUGGAUCUGUUUCCAUCGGCCGAAUGCCAGCGAAAAUAUGAACAUACUCGCAAGCUCCGUCACGGAAUGAGUAAUGGUCAGCUCUGUGUAGGAAGCAUUGUCGGUGGUAAGGACACAUGCCAAGGCGACUCAGGUGGACCACUCCAAGUGAUAACGGAGCCUAGAAGCUGUAUCUAUAACAUCGUUGGUGUGACAUCGACCGGUACUGCUUGUGGAGUAGGUAACUCCAUAGCCAUCUAUACGAAUGUGGCAUUCUAUCUUGAUUGGAUCGAGAAAAUUGUUUGGCCACAGUAAUCAGCAUUUGAAAAGUAAUAAAAGUUG